AUGGAAGAUGAGGACCUGCCACAUACAGCAAAUGCUCUCUACAUGAGGAUCAAGCAGGUAAUCUGCACCAUACUAAAGGUUCUGCAGCACCUGGUUGUAUCAGCAGAGAUGGAAGAGCAGAACAGAGGCAAGCCAAACUGGGAGCACCUAAAUGAAGAACUGCAUGUGCUGAUCACAGUGGAGGACACACAGACACGUGCCGAGAUCAAGAUGAGAAGAGCUGUCGAAGAGGUCAAGAAGCUACUGGUGCCUGCAGCUGAAGGAGAAGAUAAUCUGAAGAAGAUGCAGCUGAUGGAGCUUGCCAUUCUGAACGGAACAUACAGAGAUACCAACCUCAAAGCUCCCACCCUUGCAUUCUCUCUUGCAGCAGCGGCAGCAGCUGCCCAAGGUCAGCGGCUUAUCGCAGCCCCUGCAGGUCAGGUCCUCCCCCCAUCCGCCCUCAGGCCCCCCACUCCGGCAGGGACUCCUAUCAUGAACAUCAUGCGGCCCACUCAGAUGGCUACCAUGCUACCCAAUGGCACCCCAACCCUGAUGCCCCAGACUCCCGAUGGGGGUAUCAUCUACACCACGCCCUACGACUACCCUUAUGCCUUGGCGCCCACAUCUUUGCUGGAAUAUCCCAUAGAGCACAGCGGAGUCCUAGGUAAGCUGGCGUGGGGGCUUGGCACAUCACCCUUCUUUGCCCCACAAGAGGGCACUGCCAGGGGGUUUUACGGGGGCGUGUUUGAUGGGGCGUCACCCCACCCCGUUCAGGACUCACUGAAAGGUGCAAUGGCUACUAAAGUGCGGAGACAUGAUUCACGGGUCCAUCCUUACCAAAGGAUAGUGACCGCAGACAGAGCCGCCACCGGCAACUAACAAAUGACCUCUGAACUCUUCACCCAAUGAUGAGCCACCCAAGCCUGCCUGCUGAUCAGAUUAACUGGUAAUUGCCUUUUGCUAGCCUGGUGGACGCAGAGAGAAAGGCACCUGUCCGAGCAGUGAUCCUAACACAAACCAACAUAAAACACAACAACCCUCCAUACCAACACGUUGUGUAGCGAUAACAACGAAUAUACUCUUUUAUUUUAUAUAUGAGUUUUAUGCCUUUUUUUUUUAAAUUUGUUUCUUUUAAAAAAAACUAAAAAAACAAUUGGGUGGAUGUUAACAGCAAUGUUGCAUUACCCCAAAAUCUGCACUGAAGUUUAUAAGCAAUAAAGACGUGUCUUCUGCUAAUUCAGCCCUUAAAUGCAUUUAUACUCCUAAUACUCAGUAAAAUAUAUAAACUCGGUGACCCCGAAUUUAUAAGUCAAAACGCUAAACGGGGGAUCAGGACCCAAAUUAUGUUCAUCAGCUACAACUGAAAAACAGUGUUGUACCCCACCCAUUUAAACUGUUGAUAGUCACUAUAAGUCAACAAAAGAAAAAGAAAAGAAAUCUCACACCAACUUGUACAUUUCCUGUCUUUCUCUGAUGUAAUACUUUUUAGUUAAUACGUUUUUACUGUGCUGACACAUUCUGGGUGUGCCUGUCCAGCUGACUUGGAGCAUGGCUAAAAUGACAGACUGCAAAAAGCUUGUUUUGAAUUUUUCCUUUUGUUACUUCUCCUAUAUUUGUUUUUCUUAGGUUUCCAUAUAUUGUAUUAAUGGUGUUUGGCAAUACUUGCAGGUUUAUGCAUGCUACUCAUUGCAGGAUUGGUGCCAGCUCAGUAGGGGGCAGUAAACAGAGUCAGACAGGGCAAUAGGGGUGUGUUUUUUAAAAGGAGAGAUUAAGGUGAAGUGUUUUGAGUAAAUUUACAUCUAGAGUAAUUCAGGGUUGGAAAUCUGGGAUAUGAACCGGAAUCAAUUUACUGAACUGUGCAAUCCCAAAAAAACCCCACAAACAGUGCCUGAACUUUCUAGAAAUAUUUCUAAAUGAGCUGUGAGGUUAAAGACAAAAAAAAAGUAUUAUGUGUGUGUGCAUUUAGCCAAAGGGUUUCCAUUUAAUGAGUUUCUAAAUAUAUAUAUAUAUAUAUAUAUAUAUAUAUAUAUAUAUAUAUAUAUAUAUAUAUAUAUAUAUAUAUAUAUAUAUAUAUAUACUUGUAUCUAACCACCAAGGGUUCUUCAUUUUAGUAUAGAGUUUGAAAACGUUUGUCACGUCUGUUUCUGUUUAUGAUCGCAAAUCGAAAAUAGAUGGCAUCAUGAAUUUUCUUACAAGAUGCUAAUUUCCUUGGAUGUGCAAUAGCAAUGAACACUAAGGAAGAUAAGGUAGACAGAACGGGGAUGGCUUACCUCUCACUGCUGUUUGUACACUUCUUUUUAUUUUUUCUGUUCUGCAUUAUCUAAUUAUUUGAACUUUUUUUUUCUACAAAAAUGUAUGAAUUGAUCUAAAGCCAAGUCCUCUCCCCCAUCCCACCUUACAGUUCAGCUGAAAUGGCAUCAAUGCAGGUGUUCUUAUAAAGAUCUUCACUAUCUUUUGUCAGAGUCAUGAUGCAACUUGAUUAGUUUUUUUUUUUUUUUCUGGCUCAAAACACCCACAUCAAAUAGCCCAUCCACAAUGUGUCCUGCACACCCUGAGCCCACUCAUUUCGAUACACCCUCAAAAAAAAAAAAAAAAAAAAAAAAAAUAGGAUGUGAAAGCCAUGUCUGCCUGUUAAAAUUGCUUUAUACAUACUAAUAUAUAUAUAUAUAUAUAUCAUUGCAUAUUAAACAUACAGAAAGAUCAGAAUUAGAUACUUUUACAGGGUGCUGGAGAAGAAAUAUAUAUUUUUGCCAAUUAUAGCUUUUUAUACUUGCAGUUCCAAAAUAUGAAACAUAAUACAAAAAAAAAAUUAAAUACAACAUUUUUAGAAUUGUACAGCAAGAGGUGGUCAAAAAACGUUGUGUGGCUUUGGAUACAAUUGGCCAGUGGGAAGAGAAAAUAAAACAGACCAAAAUAGUAACAUUUUGGGAAUGUUGGAAGAAUUGAAUGGUGCGAGUAGAAAUGUAAUUAAGUAUAUUUACGGAAAAUAAGUGCCUUACUGAUGGUCGUUUCUUUUUCCGAGUGUUACAUUCUGUUCAAUAAUAUCCAGCACCAACUCAGAUAGUACAGAGAGGGGGAGGGGUGUUUAUGAUGAGAAAGCACCCCAAUAGUUAAACCAACUGGCUGUUGCAGUCUUGUGCCACUGAAUCUAUUCUAUGCAAAGGAAUAGCAGUCAUUUGACCAGCUAACUAUGUGCCAUGAUUUGUCUUCCCAAAAGUAAGUUUCUUUUUAUUCCCUUUAAACCCCAUUUGAUCAAAGUGUUUUAUUUUCUCUUUAUUUGAUUGCAUUAUAUUCUUUUAUAUUAUGAGGACUAAAUCAGUAAUGCUGUCUAUGUAAUAAGUUACUGUGAUUAUUGUCAAGAACUGCCAAUCAUGAUAUGGAAGCCUGCCAGGUGUUAAGUUUGGGAAGCGAUAUUUUAAAACAAUUGAUUUAACUGGUCAAUUCACUUUGGGAAUUGGACUUUACCUGAAACCUCCUCUUGUUUCAAGAUUAGUAAACUGGAAACUUUCAAUCAUUGCCUUUUUUCUGAGAGAGUACAUCAAGUUUGACAACAUGUACUAACUUUAAUGCCAAGGAAGUAAUGAAUAUAUCUUAUAUACAUACAUACAUACAUACACACACACCGAUCAGACACAAUAUUAAACCACCUGCCUAAUAUUGUGUAGGUCCCCCUCGUGUCCCCAAAACAGCGCCAACCUGCAUCUCAGAAUUGCAUUCUGAGACCAUAUUCUUCGUACCACAAUUAUACAGGGCAGUUAUCUGGGACUUUGUCAGUUCAAACCAGUUUGAACAUUCUCUGUUGACCUCACUCAUCAACUAGGCGUUUCCAUUCGCAGAACUGUCCCCCUGGAUGUUUUUGAUUUUAGCAAUUCGAAGUAAAUUCUAGAGACUGUGUGUGAAAAUCCCAGGAAAUCAACAAUUACAGAAAUACUAAAACCAGCCUGUCUGGCACCAACAGCCAUGCCAUGGUCCAAAUCAUGGAGAUCAAAUUUCUUCCCCAUUCUGAUGGUUUGUGAACAAUAAUUGAAGCUCCUGACCCGUAUUUGCUUGAUUUUAUGCACUGCACUGCUGCCACGAUUGACUGAUUAGAUAAUCGCUUGGAUGAUUUUUGGUGCCAGAUUGGCUGGUUUUAGUAUUUCUGUAACUGCGGAUCUCCUGGGAUUUUCACACACAACAGUCUCUAGAAUUUACUCAGAAUGGUGCCAAAAUCAAAAGAUUUUCAUCCAGUGAGGGUCAGUUCUGUGGACGGAAACACCUUGUUGAUGAGAGAGGUCAACUGAGAAUGGCCAGACUGGUUCGAACUGACAAAGUCUACAGUAACUGAGAUAACCGCUCUGUACAAUUCUGGUGAGAAGAAUAUCAUCUCAAUGUUAUUCUGAUUUGCUGGUUGGCACUGUUUUGGCGGCACGAGGAGGACCUUCACAAUAUUAGGCAGGUGGUUUUAAUGUUGUGUGUGUGUGUGUGUGUGUGUGUGCGUGUGCGUGUGUUUAUGUGUAAUAUAUAUUAAUUUAAGUGUAGAAGCAUUUUUCUCACUUUGAAAAAGGCCUCCCUGUUUUUUUUUCAGAACAAAGAGAUGUAGCCUUACAGUGCACUGAUCUGAGAAGUGCACUGUAGAAAUGCAGGGAGAGUAAAAAUAUUGCAUUUAUUUAAAGUAUUAACAAAAGGAGGGUUGCAAGGAUAUUCACCUGCUGCUUCAUUAGUGACAGAGCAGUGUCAAAUCUGAACUGUCACAGAGCCACAGUAUCAAAUCACAUGUUGAAGAUCGGGCCUCCCUCAAGCAGCCCACCAUCUUCACCAAACCAUUUUCAAUCAUUGAAACAACUGGGGGUGUUUUGGAAAACAAUGUGGGGGGGAAAGUUCUUAACAGUAACCCUGGCAGUCUCUGGUGUAGUCUUGUUUUUCACUUUGUUACACAAGAAAGGUCAAUGUUUUUUGUCUUCUCAGUGUUACAGUAUAAACAUGUUUUAAGCAUAUUGAAAUGAUGAAAUGCAAUAUUAGAGAGGAGUAGAGAAGACUACAGAGGACAGUAUUAAACGAAUCCCCUCUGCCAUGUUACUAUGUGCUGUUAAUGUUUUGGAGUUGGGUUAGUCUAUCAGGUGAAUGGAGAAAUCUGUCGUAUUCUCUUCCGCCUGCCUACUACACGUGUAAUAAUGUAAAUUACAGCCUUUGUUACAGGUUUAUAAUGUAUUUUUCUAACUUCAUUUUCUAUGUACAAGUAAUUUUUUUUCUGAUCUCCUUUUGUGAUGAAACCCACUACAUCUUUUGUUUUUCCAUGUCCUCUCUCCUUCACCCUCUCUCUCGGCCCACUCUUUAGUCCAAUCUAUCCCUCUUAUUGGGAGCGUUGCCUUUUUCCUACAGUUAUUUUGUUUUCUUGCUGAUUCUUAGCUUGUUUAACUCAUUAGCAACUUAGUUUCUCUUUGUCAUAGGUAUUUUUACAUGCUUGCAUUUAGUUUUUAUGGUGUAUGCUGUUAUUUUUUUUCUUAUUAACCUCCUUGGCAUUUAUUUUAAUAAAACAUUCUUAGUAAGAAUUUUACUAACUUUGCUGAUAUUAUUUUGUGUUCUUUUUUUUAACCAGUUUAAUUAAUCUACUACCGUGGUCUGGUUCAUGGACUAACCCAAUUAAAUCUGGUGUGUGACCACCCUCACAAUGUCUUGAGAUACGCACACUUGCACACAGACACAUUUACUAAGCCUAAAUGGGGGUAAACCAUGAACUUGUGUUUUUAUAUAAAGCUAAGUGAAAUUACUACAGACUAAUCCUAACCCACACUCUACCUCUAAAAGAAGAUUAUGUAUUUUUAGAAGAAUAAUAGUAAAAAAUUACUUUAUUUUCCAAUUGAGAACAUCCCCUAAUGUACACUAGGGAGGUUUUAGCUCACUUUUAAACUAUAAAACUAUAUGUUGGUACAUAAACUGCAAUUGUUUCACUUCAAGGUCCACACCCCAUACACAUUUACAGUUCAAGCACACUUUUAUGCACACAUACAGAGGAACUGAAUGAUCUUCCACACAGUCUAACAGGACAAUGUGCACGAGGCAGUUUGUUCUUCACUGUUCCUGCACUCUCACCUGUGUUUCUGUAGAGAUCUAUCCAAGCGUGUGCUGCUUUGUCUGCCUCACUGUCCAUGCAGUCUACUGGUGCAACUGGUGUUUCCCUUUAUUUAGUUUUUGCUAUGAGCAAAACUGCUGCUUUAUUUAGAACUGGACGUACCUGGGAUUUAAAAUGGUUGAUUUAAUAUUAAAUGCACUUAGAACUUUUGUAUGGCAAAGCCAAACUGGGAAAAAUAUUUAAGAAUUGGGGUUUUCCUUAAAUAGGCUCAGAAUAUAGUCCUUAUUAAAAAUAAUAAUAUUAAUGUCCAGCAAUAACAUACCUAUAGCCUCAGGAAUCAGUGCUUUUACUGCAUCUAUCAAACUUCGUGUUUUGUUUUAGUGUGAACAAUCACUGCCUUGUCAGUGUGAUUUAAUGUCCAUCGUCAAUAAAUUCUCUAGUGUAUCACAGCUAGAAUCUGCCUCAGCCAUCAGACUUCAUAUGUAAUGGGUCCUGCAGACUCUUGGAGAUUUUGGAGGUCGUGUGACCUGCAGAGGCUUAAGAUGGCAAUCUGGAAUUUCUGCUGGUUGUUUGCUUUCAGAGUAUCAUCUAAGUGGACAAAAGCACAAACUAGUGUGCCCUUGUAGGAGCUGCUUGGGUCUUGUUGCCAUGGAGACUACAGGUAGUGUCCUAACUGGAUAAGAUGUUUUGUAUAAGUGAUUUUCUUUUUUCUUUAUACAAAAUGUUACUUUGGAAUUUGUAUUUUGUUUUGUUGUUGCUUUGUAAACAAGCCAAGCACAAAGUGUACUAACAUUUUUUAUUUAUUUUUUUUCUCAUCCCAAAGUAACUAAUUUGAAAUGCAUUGCAAUCGAUUAAAUGGCACAAAUAAAAAAAACACAAUCUAAACCCACUGAGUGAAGAUUCAGAAUGGAAAACCGACAUUGUGUUGACUGACUGAAGUAGUUUACCAUCUGUAUUUUGAAGCGCAAUGAAUGUAUAAUCUUGUGCCACAAAAAAAAAAAAAAAAGAAA